AUGCUCGACAAGGAGUUGAGUCUAGGACGCAUCGCGGGCCCCUUCGAAGCCCCCCCUUUCAAGAAUUUCAAGUGCUCGCCCAUAGCAUUGAGGGAGAAGUCUACGCCGGGCAAGUACCGCCUCCUGCACAACCUCAGCUACCCUUACUCCCCUGACAGUGUGAACGCCAACAUCCCUCGGGAAUCGACGUCCAUCACCUACCAGUCUAUCCACGAUGCGGUGGCAAUGGUUGUCAGCCGUUCCCCGGGGGCACACCUGGCAAAGUGCGACAUCGCAGAAGCAUUCAGGAUCGUCCCAGUACACCCGAGCGACUACCAUCUCUUGGGGUUUUCUUAUGGGGGCAAGUACUACCAUGACAAGAUGCUCAACAUGGGAGCCGCCCCCUCCUGCCGGAUCUUCGAGACUUUUUCCAGUGCCCUGCAAUGGAUCCUCGCCGAGAAGUUUGGGGUGCGCGACGUUGUGAAGGUAUUGGACGACUUCCUCUUCGUUAGUUUCACUUUCGACGAGUGCCAGCGAAGCCUGAGGGUGUUCACUGCCCUCUGUGAGCGAUUGGGGGUCCCCUUGGCACCUCACAAGACAGAGGGCCCGUGCUCCUGCCUCACGUUCCUGGGGCUGGAGAUUGAUGCUCGUAGGAUGGAAACAAGACUCCCUGAGGACAAGAGAACGAAGUACACGGCGGCAGUGGAAGUCGCGCUGAGUCUGGAGCGCAUCCCCCUCCGGGACCUGCAGGCGAUCAUUGGCAAGUUGCAAUUCGCCACCGCGGUAAUCCCGGGCGGCCGGGCCUUCCUGCGUCGUCUGCACCCGCUCACGCGACUUGCACGCUGA